AUGCGCGUACUACUCACUGGCGCAACUGGCGCGGCUGGCCUUGGUGCUCUACGGGCGCUUCUCACGGACGAGAAGAUCACACAAGUGACGAUUCUCGCCCGGCGUCCCCUUCCUGCGUGGGUCGAAUUACCCGGAGGCACACCUGCACCUUCCAAAGACGGUUCGCCGACGCACCCCAAACUUCGUACUGAGGUCCUCUCCAACUUCAAGUCAUACCCUACGGAGCUGCUCAGUGGCCACGACGGUGCCAUUUGGGCGCUUGGCAAGUCGCAACGCGGAAUGAGCGAGGCGGACUACACAGAAAUGACGCUUGGAUAUUGGGAUGCAUUCAUCGAGUCGACGAAAGCGGCAGGACUGGGCAAGCCGGAAAGCCCAUUCCGCGUCGUUUUCAUCAGCGGCAACGGUGCCGAUUCCAGUGAGAAGAGUCGGAUAUUGUUUGCCCGUGUUAAGGGCAAAGCCGAGAACCACAUCAUCGCCCGCGAGAAGGAGUCCGACGGAGCCGUACUUGCCACUAUCCUACGCCCAGGCUACUUCUUCCCAUCACUCAAGUACCCCGCCGAUGCCCUCAACACGCGUGGGGCGUUCGAACGAGGACUGGACACGGUUCUGGGUGGGUUCGGACGAUGGGCCAUGGGUAUCACCGUCGAGGAUAUGGGUCGCUUUGCGACGGAGGCGGUUAAGGGUACCUGGGACGGCAAGGGCCCCAUCUACGAGAAUUGGGAUAUGAAGAAGCUUCUGAAGACGCUUUCUUCAUAG